CAUGGCGCAUGCGCGGGGAGGUGGCUGUUCGCAAUUGCUGCUUUUACUUCAAUUCCAGCUGUUUCAUUACUACUCGAGUAGUCCAGCGGCUGAGAGUAGAGAUGGUGCUCUACGCAUCUCCCAUUUCAAACCAGUUUAACCAGCAUGCGAACCGGGAAGAGACAUGACAGCGCACGCACAAGACAAGGCGUCCCUUCCUCGCCUUCUCCCCAUGCUGUUCGGGCCUGGCAAAGGAAUUUGUUGGUAUAUUGUACUGUUUUCUGUCUGCGCGUUAUGCUACAGUAACUCUCUGCAAGGGGAGUUUGUGCAUGAUGAUGUGUGGGCUAUCAAUAACAAUCCUGAUGUCAGACCCGGCUCCAGUAUGAAAAACAUAUUUUUCAACGACUUCUGGGGCAAGAGAAUGGCCGAUAACACCAGCCACAAAUCAUACAGACCUCUCUGCAUUCUCACUUUCAAACUGAAUAUUCUACUGAGCGGCAUGACACCCUUAUGCUUCCAUGUGGUGAAUGUAUUCUUGCACUGCACAGUGACUGCCCUGUUGAUGUAUACCUGCGAGAAGACUGUGUUUGAUGACAGCCGCCUGGCCUUCCUUGCAGCAUUGCUGUUUGCUGUUCACCCUAUACACACAGAAGCGGUGUCUGGAAUUGUUGGAAGAGCAGAUGUAUUGGCCUGCUUUUUAUUUCUUUUGACGUUUCUCUGUUAUAUUGAGAGUGUGGAUCGAAGUUGUCUUGGGGAACGUUUCCCUGCUACAGCCUCCUCUUGUGCCCUCUUGCUGAGUAUGUUCCUGGGGACCUGUGCAAUGCUGCUGAAGGAAACUGGAAUCACUGUUUUUGGAGUGUGCCUGGUUUACGAUCUGUUGGUUUUAUGCCAGAAGCAACUUAAUGUGUAUAUGUCUUCUGCCAAGAUCAAAGGUCUCUUGAGAGUGUCUGGACCAUUUUUUAAAAGAGCCGCUGUUGUUACUGUCUACGUGAUUGUUAUCAUAUUCUUUCGCCUGUGGAUGAUGGGAGGAUCGAUGCCUUUAUUCUCUGAACAAGACAACCCAGCAUCGUUCUCUCCACACCUACUCACAAGAUUCCUGACUUGCUCAUACCUUCUGGCCUUCAACGCCUGGCUUCUGCUGGCUCCGAUUGUGCUGUGCUACGACUGGCAGGUGGGGAGUAUCCCACUGGUGGAGUCUGUGUGGGAUGUUCGAAACGUAGCGACAGUCCUUUUUGGAGUUGUAAUGAUAUGUUUGGGCCUGAAUUGCCUAACAUCAUUGCAGAAAAUGAACAACAGAGAGGUGUUAGUGGGGAUCCUGUUCCUGGUUUUCCCAUUCAUUCCUGCCAGCAAUCUUUUCUUCAGAGUAGGCUUUGUAGUUGCAGAAAGAGUUCUCUACAUGCCCAGCAUGGGGUACUGCAUCCUGGUAGUCCAUGGCUUUAACAAGCUGUGCACCCUGGUGGGUAAAUGGGGAACGACAGCCCUGACUGUGUCCAUGCUUCUGCUUCUGCUGCUGUUCUCAUGGAAGACGGUGCAGCAGAAUGAAAUCUGGCUUUCCAGAGAAUCUCUCUUCAGAUCUGGAAUUCAGACUUUACCCCACAAUGCCAAGGUGCACUACAACUAUGCCAACUUCCUGAAAGACCAAGGACGAAACCCUGAAGCUAUUUAUCACUACCAGACAGCUCUCAAACUGUACCCACGCCAUGCAAGUGCGCUGAAUAACCUGGGAACCCUGACUAGAGACCCAAUGGAGGCAGAGCUGUACUACAGACAGGCUCUGCAGAUAAACACACAGCACAACCGGGCACUAUUCAACCUUGGGAAUCUCCUCAAAUCCCAGGGGAAGGAGACAGAGGCUGAGCAGAUGCUGAGAGAUUCCAUUCAAUUUGGCCCCCAGUUUGCAGAUGCCUAUUCUAGUCUUGCAUCACUAUUCGCUGAGCAGAAACGAUUUGAAGAAGCAAAUAAAAUAUACCUGGGUGGAAUUGAAAACUGCCCAGACAGUUCUGAUCUGCAUAAUAACUAUGGGGUUUUUUUGGUGGACACAGGAGAUGGGGAUAGAGCAGCCAUGCAUUACCAGCAAGCCAUUAGGCUCAAUCCCACACAUUAUGUAGCUAUGGUGAACCUGGGAAGACUGCUUCGAUCCUCCAAUCAGAACAAAGAGGCUGAAGCCUGGUACAAGAAGGCUUCACAGAUCACUCGUAAGGUUGAAAUAUUGACUCCCCUUGGGGCACUCUACUAUAACACUGGGAGAUAUGAAGAAGCGCUGCAGGUCUAUAGAGAGGCUGCUGCACUUCAGCCAGACAACAGUGAGAUUUGGCUGGCAUUGGCCCAGGUUUUGGCUACGGCUGGUCGAACCAAAGAAGCAGAGAAGAUGACUCAUGAGAUGAUAUCCAAGAACUUGGCCUGUAUAGAAUGUUAUCGGCUCUUAUCUGCAAUUCACAACAAACGGGGAAGUCAUAAUGAGGCUCUUGAUGCUCUGGAAAAAGCCAUCCGGGUCAAUCACAAGGACCCCCGGAUCAAGGCUGAGCUGUUCUUUUCAAAAGGAAACCAACUGAGAGAAAUGAAUCUUCUUGACCUUGCUUUUGAGAGCUAUAAGCAAGCAGUGGCAUUAAACCCAGAUCAGUCACAAGCCUGGAUGAACAUGGGAGGAAUCCAGCACAUCAAGGGAGACUACGUGUCAGCUCGGGUGUAUUACUCAAAAGCCUUGCAGCUGUCACCGGGCAGCAAGCUUCUGAAAGACAACGUGGCCAAGCUGGACCGCUUAGAAAAGCAACUUCAGGGAGAGAAAGGAGAAGAUUUUCAUCUUAAGACCUGAAUAAGCAAAUAUAUCGCCAGCGGAAGAAACCAGGAUGACCAGAGCACCUUGGGUGUACUGCCAAAUCAGGACAAAGAAAUGAUGGGGAGGAUUUGUUCCUUUUCUGGUAUCUGAAUAGCAAGGAAAAAAUAACACCCACCCAUGUGCUGAAUGUUUGGGGUAGCCUGUGAGCAUAAACAAAAUGUUUUCAGGUUUUCAGAACUGAUAACAUCACUAUAUUAAAUUAAUACAAAGUUUUGAUAAGCUUAUUUUAAUUAGUUCACUCCACAUUGUUAAAGUUCUUAUUUUUUUACUUGGUGUACUAUGGACUUCUAUGAAGAGCUUCGGAAGUCAUAAAUUACCUUCAGUAAAAGCUUGGAAAAACAAUAAUGAUCAAGGGUGUAAAACCCAUAGCAGAAACACAUGUGACAUUAUAUAUUGUGCUACAACAAUCUGGGAAAUUAGAAAAGGGGUGGGAGCUGCAGUAUUUUUGAUUGAAUGUAGUUUCUUAAAUUUUGACCAAAGGCAGUUGGUACCAGCAAAUAACUAUUUUUUCCACUUAUGUUUUAAUCACCCUUGCAUUUUCAAUACAUUUUCUUUAGCUUGACCUAUCUGGGCAUUGCAUACCCAGUAUUCUCAAUAUUCUUUCUUUUAUUUAUUUUUUUCUAAACUGUGGCCGAUCUAAAUACACUCGGCAUUUAAAUAUUAUAAUAUUUCCAAUCCUGCAGUUUUACUUGCCAUUCAUUUAAAGACAAAAAUACAAGUCAACUUCUUUUAAUGGCACUGAGUUAUUUAGAUUAACUGAAUAACCACACUGCUUGAAUCAUAUGAUUACUCUGAAGCCAUACUGAUUUAAAUCCAAUACAUAGUUUGGCAUGACAAACACUUAUUGUGGCCCAUGGGGGUUCAGAAGAAGCUAAAAAGAAUCACAAGAGGGUUGUAAAAAUUAAGCUCAAGUGACCCUAAAUAAAAGACGAAAUGCAUACUAAAAUGUAUGAUGAAUGUAGAGAAGUUUUAGUGUUCUUUUCUGGGAGUAAAAAAAUAUAUAUUAAUAUGUAAGUAUUUUAUUAUUUAUUUCUGAACCUUUUUUUUUUAAUUUGCAUCUAGAGCUGCAUAUCAAAGUAUGGUGAUUAAACAAGUAAAAAAUGCAAAACAUGAAAAAUAAAAAAUGUGUAUAAUCGA